AAUAAAAAUAAUGACAAGUGAUCAAUUUUUUUUUGAAUUAAAACGAUACCUGUAAAAGAAAACAAAAUAAAUGUUUGAAUAUGGCUGAUGAUAAAUUCAUAUGUCAAAAAUUGUAUAUAUUUGUGUUGUUUAUCAAUUUUUUUGGACUUGGGGUACCAUUACAUUCAAAUUUUCAUUCGAAACAAUGCACUCAUCAGUAUCCAAAAGCGCAUGAGGUGGUGCAUGGUGCAUACAUUGACCCUCCGCAUGUCAUUCGAAAGAGAAGUAUUGAUCAGCCACUACGAAUUCUACUGUGGUAUGACGAUAGUGUUUAUAGAUUAGAUAAUGAGCGAUUUGCCUUAAUUAAUAGUACAAUUCUACCGAAAGCUGUAAGCUUUUGGGAAAAAGCACUGAUGGUGCGAAAAUCUGAAAAUGUGAUUAGAUUAAAUAGGAAAUGUGAUCACCCUCAAGUAUUUGUUAGGAAAUAUUUAACGCAUUGUAUCGACUCAUGUCGAGCAAAAACCAUGUGCGGCGAAGUCGAAGUACCGGAAGCGCAUUUAGAUGUAUGUCGUGUAUGUAACGCAACCGGACAAAAUUGUCGUGAAGAUCCAAAUUCCGUGGCAGGACCUGGUAUUGACAAUGCUGAUUUUUUAUUUUAUGUCUCAGCCAUGCAAACUACGCGAUGUAACAAAGGUUUAACUGUUGCAUAUGCUGCGCAUUGCCAACAAGAAAUUGCAUUAGAUCGUCCAAUUGCUGGUUAUGCAAACUUUUGUCCAGAAAGUAUCAACACAAAACCUCAAGAACUUGAAACCUUAUUAUCGACAGUGAAACAUGAAAUAUUACAUGCGUUAGGAUUCUCUGCCAGUUUAUACGGAUUUUACCGAGAUUCAGAAGGACGGCCAUUAACUACACGGAAACAAGACACGGGCCGACCUCCACUCAACGAAACACUUCAAAUGCAUCAAUGGAGCGAUAAAGUAAUUAAAACCGUUGAACGGAAAGCAUGGCUAGUACGUGGUGGCUCCAUGAAACGCACUGUACACAUGGUGGUCACACCCCGUGUGGUUAAAGAAGUUCGAAAUUAUUUUCAUUGUGAUAAGUUAGAAGGUGCUGAGCUAGAAGAUCAAGGUGGUGACGGCACGGCUCUCACGCAUUGGGAGAAACGAGUUUUUGAAAAUGAAGCGAUGACUGGAACACACACUCAAAAUCCAGUGAUAUCAAGGAUAUCUUUGGCAUUGAUGGAAGACACGGGAUGGUACAAAGCCAAUUAUUGGAUGGCUGAAUCGAUGUCCUGGGGACGUGGUCUUGGCUGUGAUUUUGUUAUGAAAAGCUGCAAAGAAUGGAUGGCUAUUAAAUCGGCUAACGAAACAAAUGAUGGUACUCAGAUUACUCGAGGACGCUCCAUUCAUCCAUUUUGUAAUAAAGUGAAAAGAGAUCCAUUACAAACGGAAUGCACUGAGGAUCGAACUUCAGUUGCCUUGUGCAAUUUAGCCGAACAUGAUCAAGAAUUACCAGCGAUAUAUCAGAAUUUUGAUUAUAUACAACAUGUGGAAAGUGGACAGGAAUCUUUUUAUGGAGGUUCUGUGUCGUUAGCCGAUUACUGUCCAUAUAUUCAAGAGUUUACAUGGCGGUCUAAAAACAUCACCAUACGAGGAUCACAAUGUCAAUACGAAGACAAUACCCCACAUUUGGAUAAAAAUUUCGCAUUGGAAUCGUAUGGUGAAAAAUCGUUAUGUUUCGAUCAUACAAAUCAAAUGUGGGAGGAGCGUUCGUGUGGUCAAGUACGUCAAUGGCGUCAUUGGGGUUCUGGAUGUUAUCGAUACAAUUGCGACGGUGGUCGAUUAAAUAUAAUUGUGGGAAAUUACUCGUACACAUGCUACUAUCCAGGUCAAGAGAUCACAAUACGGAUUGUACGAGACGAAUGGUUACAUAAAGGUGCAAUAUUAUGUCCACGUUGUCAAGAAUUGUGCGGUACUGAAUUAUAUAAGAUUGGUAAACAGUGUAAAGGAUCAGAAGAGGCACCCCCCGCCACACAAUAUCCAAGAGAUGAGCUUAAAUGUAAUGGCUGUGUCAAAUCUACAAUUGUUUCAUUUUGUUAUUACGUUAUUUUAUUGAUAAUUAUUAAUCAAGGUUUUUACAUUCCAAGUUGACCCAAAUGUUUGAAAGCAACGUAACGUAUACAUUCCAAAGCAACCAUUCUUGCUUGCUUUGAUAAUAAUAAUAACACAAUGCAGCUACAACAACCCUUUUAUUUUUUUAUUUGAAUCAAUCAACAGUACGCAAGUACCAAGUGGCAAGUACAGGCAGGAUUGUUUGAGGCGAUGUGCAUGCGCGUACGAUAUAUUAAUU